AUGGUCGACAGCGGAGACAUUAAAGAUGAGGACUUCUUGCAACUGCUCGACAGCGAUCAACUCCUCUACAGCCUCGCCACUCAACCUCAACCCAUUCCGCCAAACUCUGCAAUUCAUUCGCCCUCUCAGCAAACGUCAGAGGGUGACGGUCCGUCUAAAACAGAACAAUCCACUGUGAAAAAAGAAGCAAAAAUGGACUUAGCUCUUGUCAAGAUCGAACAACAGGCCGAUCAACAGCAGCCUACGCAUGUCUCUGGCGCUGCGAUAUCUGUUGCAUCGGAAUCUUCAGUCAAUCCUGCGGCAGUCCUAGCCCCUCAGGCAAUGCUCGAUGCGCGCCAGCGUCGCCGCAAUAUCACAGCUGAAAUUAACAAGGCUUUGGAGCAAUGGAGGCCAACACUCAAACAACCGUUCGGGGAAAAGCCGCCAUGCACAGUGAAUACCAUCAACGAAAAUUCCUUUCCAAAGCCCAAACGGAGAAAACCCAACUUUACACAAUCCGUCCCAGCUGCAAACCUUGAAAAUUUUCAAUCAAGUCGUAGUCGUCAACAUGAACAGAACACCCCCUCAACCGUGAAAGAAGAACUACAAGAUCAAAUCAAAGACCAGACUCAACAGUCACAGAAAAAUGCGGAAACCAAACAAAAGGACCUAAGCAAAGAAGAGGAACACAACGAGGACGAGGUAGACCAUUUCGUUGCGGACCGGUAUCAAGCAGAAGCAAUUCGGGCCGCAAAACAAGGCGAAAGCUUCCUGUUAACGGGUAGUGCAGGAACAGGCAAGUCUUUCGUUUUAAAGCACGUUAUAAGCGUGCUUAGAAGCAUGGGUAAGGUGGUUGGUGUCACAGCGAGUACAGGCUGUGCAGCAGUUGGAAUUGGUGGGGGCACCAUUCAUUCAUUGAGUGGUGUGGGUAUUGGGAUGGACCCAAUUGAGAAAUUGGUGCGCAAGGGGCAUACUGAUCGUGUUUUGCGAAAGAGGUUGAAACAAUUGGACGUGUUGGUCAUCGAUGAGAUAUCUAUGAUUGAUAGCUUCCUGUUUGAUAAGUUAAAUGCAAUUAUUGCUGCGGCGAGGUGUCCACCGCCAAAAAGGGACUCCGGAAUCACAAGAGGAAUCAGGACACUCAACAGCGGUCCCGGUGGACUGUUCACUCUCAAGCCGUUUGGUGGAUUGCAAGUCAUUCUAUGUGGUGAUUUUUUUCAGCUCCCUCCAGUUGCUGCGUCCGAUACACGCUUCGUGAAUAGCUCUGAAAAGUUUUUUGCGUUUGAGGCAAAAACGUGGAAGAGGAUCAUCAAGAAUACUUAUGUCCUACGAGUUGUUCAUCGUCAGGCAGAUCGACAGUUUGCCGGGUUACUCAACGAAGUACGCCAGGGUGUGGUUUCAGAGUCAACCAUGCAGGUUCUCAAUGCCUGCCUUGUGAAUCCUCUCAAGCCGCUCGUCGAGGUGGAAGAAAAUGGGAGGCGCGUGGCAUUCACAAAACUGUUUUCAUACAGACGGCAAGUAGCGAGUGAAAAUUCAUCGCAGCUGAAAAAGCUGAAGACAAAAGGAAUUCGUUAUGACGCGUAUGAUCAAAUUCAUCGAUCGGAGUUAGGAACACUGACAGCUCGUCAUGUCCAACAAAUGUUAGAUAACACAAACUGCGCCCAAUCUAUUGAGUUGCGACGUGGAUGUCGCGUGCUUUGCACGAAAAACCUAGACACAGGGCUUGGUAUUGUCAACGGCGCCCCGGGAAUUGUUGUAGGUUGGUCCCGACCACUCAUAGAGGUUUACCAGAAGCGUAAGGUCGAAGAUCCUAAACUCAGGUUCGAUCGCUUCGGACCGCAAGACCUCAAAGACACGGAAAUCUUCGAGUUGGACAACCCUGGAAUCAGCCAAGCUCUGGAAACUCAAGCCCGAAGUCAGGACGACUGUCCGGUCAUGUCUGGUCGUAUGCUGGGCGAGGUGCUUCCAGUAGUUUUGCUUGAUAACGGGCAACGAUGUCUGAUGGAACCGGUAGACUGGGAAGUGCAUGGGACAAAAGGACAGGUGGUCGGCUUCCGCAGACAAGUUCCAUUAAUUCUCGGAUGGGCUCUCUCCAUACAUAAAGCGCAGGGCAUGACUCUUCGCGAUGUUGAGACUGACGUCGGAGGCGCUUUCGAUUAUGGUCAAGUGUAUGUCGCACUCUCGCGUGCCACAGCUGUUAAAAAGCUGCGAUUGCGGAGCUUUAAUCCAAGAAAGAUUGUCACGCAUCCGAAAGUCACUGAAUUCUACGCAGCGUUGGAUAGGACGUCGUCACCUAGAUAA